AUGUCACCAGAGUUGCAAGAAUUCAUAGACUCCAUGAUUGGAACACUGAAAAGCUUCAACCCCAAUAAUUCAGAAGGACGAUUUCUUGCGGUGGAAACCAUGCCACAAAGUAGCGACUCAUGUCCUCUUCACAACGCAACUGGAAUCAAACAUUGCUUUGAUGCAAAGGAGAUGGCCCAUUUUCUAAAGAAGAUUGGUUUUGAAAAUGAAACAACUAUUUAUUUGACUCUAAAUGGCUGGCAUACGAGUAUUGAGCAUCUUACAAACAUUUUUCCUAACACCUUUACCAAGGAUGCAAUCAUUCCAGCAGAUGAGAAGUCCAAGUUCCUAGAUCCUAAAAGACCUGAACUCAAAGAGUGUAGAUUUUAUAUAUCUUCUGCAGCUGAUGUUUAUGUACCAACAUCUUCAAAUUUGUUUUCUGACAAUAUUGUUGCAAGGAGAAUCGCCACUGGAAAAACACAAGUUCUGUUCUUGUGCCGGCCAACAGAUCUUCACUUUCUGCAGAGGACUAUAUUCCUCCUUACAUNGAGAAGAAACAUUGGGCAUACUCAUGCUUUUGUUGAUAAAUCACAAAUCAAAUAA